AUGCAAAUGAAUGCAACGGCCCACUACGUCUGUGAUCGCGAUCAGACGGUGCUAGCUGUAGUGAAUCGUGUUGAUUCAAGUCCAACAACCCGGUCGCAACAGCCUUGCACACACACACGUCCCCCUCUUCACGGCGUGCCCGUCAGUCACUGGGACCGCCUGCUCAUCCACCCCUCUGUGUGUACCACCACCACCACCCGCUCUAUCCGUGUGACCAUUCAGACGCCUAUUCGUUCCAACUCCGAAGCUGCAAAUAAAUCAGUAAUCGGCACAAACUCCUCCCCUCCCCCCCCCAAAAAGCGAGUGCCCCUUGUCCCCACCAAUUCUUUUCGGGGACCCAAUUGGGACGUCUCAUUCCUACUGAACCGCAAGUACGGUCUGACGGCGAUGAACUCUGACCUCGAUUUCCCAAUGGACAUCAGCACGCCCGAAGACGGCUUGCUCUACUCCGUUCCAGCGCAGACGAUCUUCAGCGACAAGAAAUUUCCCGAUGAGCCCAUCUACAUCCAGCUAAACUUCCAACCAAACACCUCGCUGACGGAGUUCUACUUUCUUACCAUCCGUGAUCCUGACGACGUUAUGCGUUUCUCGCUCUCCAUGUACAAGCGAAACAUGUAUCGUGUUCAAAUGCGCUACAACCUACUGGAGUCCAAUGAGGGAGAACGGACAAUCGAUUUUCCCUACCCCCAGCCUCCAUCGUACUGGCGACUCGGGGUGUUGAUAAAGGAGAAUUCCGUGCAAUUUUUCACCAACUGUCCGAGAUUCCAGACAGCGCCCUUCCACGAGGAGACUGGCGUCAAAUUGCUGGGACGUCCGCUUUUCCGCGACGGCGCGUCUGCUUACCUCCUCAACAGUGGUCGCCAAAGUAGCCCCAAGUACUUGGAGGGCGUCCUCACGGAAUUCACUUUUCAUUCCGGCCACGAUGUUGAGAUGGCGCCGUGCAAGACCACAGUGCUGGAAGAAGGCAGUGGAGAGCCUAUGUACACAUUCGACCCCGAAUUCGGCAAUGUUAUUUCUGAUCGCUUUUUCACGCAGGUACCACCUUCAGCAGAGCCCCAAUCACGGGUCAGUUGUCAUUUCUUUCCCAUUAUCGAUUUGACAAAUGGCGUUGUUCGGCUUUUCGACCCAAAGGCGAAAUCUGUCUUGAUGGAGUCGCAAGUUUACGGUGGAGUGGUACACUUCACCAACGGCACGGUAAUGCGACCCUGCAAGAGCUUUGUAGCGCUUGAGGACCCCGUCAAGGUCGUCACAGUGGUUAACCUCAGCACCGGUGACGUGGAAUUGAUUGACACGGCCGCCAACCGUAGCCUCGCCAAGUCGUUGGUCUCGAAGAGGCUUCCAGCUGACCUUCAGCAGCUAGAAGUUCGACCUGUCUUGACGUGGAAGAACUUCACUGUGGAAAUCGACACGCUGAAUGGCAGGUGGAUGGUUAGGAACCACCAGACGGGGCAAUUUGUUGCAGCGAAGAACGUGGAAAACGGGCAGAUCAUUAUGCCGUCUGGUGAGGUAAUUCCAAUUCCGCUGAAGAUUCGGAAUCCACGAUACGUGCUUAUGCUGGCACCCCACUCUGGUUACGUCAGAAUCUUCAGGAGAUCCGAUGGCAGGAUGUACAAAAGAGUAAUCUAUGUGCCAACGUUUACAACAACCACUUGGAAACCUGAGGCGUCUACUGUCGUGCCAGAAGCUGGGGAAGUGUCUACGCCUUCCAUGGUGGAGUUUGUGACAGACUCUACGGCGACGUCCAUUUCAACACCACUUAUUGAAACCGCUAAUGUGCCUUGCGUGUAUCUUCCAAUUGUUGAUUUGACGGAUGGUUCUGUACAUCUCUACUUAAGGAACGAGGACAGAGUCGUGAUGGAGUCCUACGUGAGGGACGGCAUAGUGGUGUUCGACAAUGGCACGAGGAUGACGGUGUGUGACGCCUUCGUUGCCUUCGACGAUCCACUGUCCUCCAUCACAAAGAUCAACCUCGGAACGGGUGAGGUUGAGUUAAAAGAUAGUGAGGACAAGGUAACGCUAAUGAAAUCAGAUGUUUCACAUGGGCUACCCGUGGAUUCGAGCAAGACGCGCGUGGUUUUGACAUGGAAGAAUGUGACAGUUAGAAUUGACACGCGAAAUGGUGAUUGGUUCGUCAGUGAUCCAGAAACGGGGGAAUUAACAAAGGCCAAGGAAGUAGCUAACGGACGCCAACAGCGGGAACAAUAG